UCUCUGAAACUUUCUGUGAAAGAAAGUGAAACCCUAGCUUGUUCGAUCGGCGAUUCUCAAAAUUAAAAGAGCAAGAUGACUCAAGAUGUCGAGAUGAAAGAGCAACCAGCUCCCUCCAAUUCUCUUUCCUCCUUUUCUCCUUCCACUCUGCAUCAUUUGAAGGAGAUUGCGUCUUUGAUUGAGACUGGUGCAUAUGCACGCGAAGUUAGGCGAAUUGUGCGAGCCGUGAGGCUUACUAUGGCGAUCCGGCGGAAACUGAAGGCACCCGUGCUCUCUGCUUUCCUGAAUUUCGCUCUUCCUCCGGGAUCUGAGGCGCAUAGUAGGCUGUCUUCUUAUCUCCCAAAGGACGAUGAGCAUGAUAUGGAAGUUGAUACUGCUACCUCUUCACUUCAAGCUUCUGCAAAACAUCCAUUGCCGGAGCUGGAAAUCUACUGCUACUUGCUUGUCUUGAUAUUUCUGAUUGAUCAAAAGAAGUACGAUGAGGCAAAAGCUUGCUCCUCUGCAAGCAUUGCUCGGCUGAAGAACGUGAAUAGGAGGACUGUUGAUGUUCUAGCUGCUAGGCUUUACUUCUACUACUCUCUCAGCUAUGAACUUACUGGUGAUCUUGCUGAAAUUAGAGGGUAAUUUGUAUUUCACUAUUUUCAUUUUCUAAGAAAUCCUAGUGUACCGU